AAUGGAGUAUCUCUGAAAUUUGCAGAUAUCAUUGCACUUGCUGGGGAUUAUUAUGGCAUACCAGAUGCUCCCAUUGCAAAUCCUUUGGAAAAUCCUGGUCAGCCUGAUCCAGGUGUGACAAAAAGAUUCAAGAAUGCGUACUCCACGUUGGCAGAAACCCCAUACAAAGGAAAAUAUAAGGAGCAACUGGACAAACUAUUAAAAAUGAUCAAAGACGAGAUGCUUUGCAAAACUGCAGGAUGUCAUCACACUGACAAAGAAUGGGACGAGGCAACAGGCGGAAUAUGGGUGGGUGGAAUACCUGUGGUUCCUGGGAGAAUGCUUUUACUUGGAGAAAAAAACUUUGAUCACUUUGAACCCCAUGCUCAGAUGGCCUAUCUUGCUGGACACGUAUACUCUAUUCAGAAAGCAAGAGAAGCAGAAAAAAGCAGUGAAAAAGAUCGAGAAAAGUUGCUUGAUAUGGCGUACUCAAUUGAAGCAUUUGCCCUUCACUUCUUUACCGACUCAUUUGCAAGUGGACAUAUCAGAACACCAAGAGUGGCUUUACCAAUGAAUGUUACACCAAGUUUAACAGGAGAUCUUCUGUCCAAAUACAUGCAUGAUGAAGACAACAAGUUUGGUCUUCGUGUUACCAACGUACGUGGAGAUAAAUGGAUUGCUUAUGGGGAUGGAAUGCUCAAAAACACAAAGGAUGAGAAAAAUUUCAAAAUUGCUGUUGAAGCAGCACAAGCAUCCGUUGACCAAGUAGUCAAAGCGUACAAAAACCCUGAUGAGAAAAAAGAUCCAAGUGCAGUCACUGAUCUCUUACCAUUUGUGGACGAGAGUGAGAAAAACAACACACCAUUGUUUCAAGUCAAAGAUGGUAAACUUCAUCGUAGAUCAGAUAUCAAUGAUCUUCAAGAUAAGAAAACUAUCACGAACUGGUGGGGAACAACCACGGCUGUGAAACUACAUUGGUCGUAUAAACCACACAAUUCUGCCAUCCUAUAA